UGCAGUCACGUGGUCGCCGGGAGGAUCCGUCUGGAAAAUUUUUAUGGAAUAACAAACUUAGGCUAAAAAUAAUACUCUUUUUUUUUAUUAUUAUCAUUUUUAAUCAUCAGGGGCGCCCUUUGAACUGUUCCAGCAGAUGUAGGCUGGCUCUGCGGACCCGAAGCAGAAUAUAAACUGAGCCGGGACAGUAUGGAGAACUGCUGCAUGUUUACGGACUCUAUCUCCCAUCAGGAAGCUGCACGGCUGCUCCUUUAUUCAUUCACUUAGCAGCUGUCUAUUUUGAACCUUUAGAUAACAUAAGCUGCUACACAUUAAGUGUUUUCUGUCGCUAUUGAGCCGUAACUGUCUGAUAUUGGAGCUCUGAGGACAUGCCUGGGAUCUGAGGGCUUUUUUUUUUUUUUUUUUUUUUUUUACAAAGUUUGACACAAGUUUUCAUCGAACAAUGAAGGCGCCCCUGGCCCCCGGUAUACGAUUUACAACGUCCUUUUCUCGAGAUAGUUGGUAUCGGGGUUUCAUUCUUUUCCUCACCUUCCUCUUCUACACGGCCUACCAUCUGUCACGGAAACCCAUCAGCAUUGUUAAGAGUGAGCUGCACAAAAACUGCUCCACAGUUGUUCGGCCAGCAGACCUCAACAUAACCAACAAUGAAACUUGGUGUGACUGGGCGCCCUUUGACCAGGACAACUAUCAGACACUGUUUGGAGUCUUGGAUAACUCCUUCCUGGUUGCCUAUGCCAUCGGCAUGUUUAUCAGUGGAAUAUUUGGAGAGCGCGUGUCUCUGCGGUACUACCUGAGUUUUGGCAUGUUGAUGAGUGGAUUGUUCACAUGUCUGUUUGGCCUCGGCUUCUACUGGAAAAUCCACUCAUUAGGGUACUACGCCUUCAUCCAGGUCAUGAACGGGAUCAUGCAGACCACCGGUUGGCCUGCAGUGGUGGCUUGUGUCGGCAACUGGUUUGGAAAGGGGAAGCGCGGGUUCAUCAUGGGUGUGUGGAACUCCCACACCUCAGUGGGAAACAUCUUGGGCUCACUCAUCGCAGGAGUCUUUGUGUCCUCAGAGUGGGGAAUGUCCUUCAUUGUCCCCGGUCUCAUCAUCGCCUCCACCGGGAUCCUGUGCUUCUUCUUCCUGGUUGAGAAACCUGAAGAUGUCAACUGCACUCCUCCUCAGCACCACAGCGAACAGGAGGACGGCGAGACGGAUCCCCUCCUGCAGAACUCGUCCCACGCUGACAGAACGGUGAACGGAGCCAUCGUCACCGAGCAUUCAGAGAUUGUUGAGGUGGAGCACACUGAGGCCAUCAGCUUCUGUGGGGCUCUCAGUAUACCUGGAGUCGUGGAGUUCUCUCUCUGCCUGCUGUUCGCAAAACUGGUCAGCUACACUUUCCUCUACUGGCUGCCUCUCUACAUCUCAAACGUUGCACAUUUUGAGGCAAAACAGGCAGGAGACAUGUCGACACUGUUCGAUGUAGGAGGCAUCGUCGGAGGCAUAAUGGCGGGCGUUGUGUCUGACUACACCGGGGGGAGAGCGACAACCUGCUGCGUCAUGUUGCUCGCUGCCGGCCCAAUGCUUUUCCUCUAUAAUUCCAUUGGACAAAGGAGUAUCGGUACGACAGUUGGUAUGCUGCUGGUGUGUGGAGGCCUGGUGAACGGACCGUACGCCCUCAUCACUACUGCUGUAUCUGCUGACCUGGGAACACAUGAAAGUCUGAGAGGAAACUCCAGGGCUCUGUCAACAGUGACAGCAAUCAUUGACGGGACUGGUUCAAUCGGAGCUGCGGUGGGUCCUCUGUUAGCCGGCGUGAUCUCUCCCACUGGCUGGAACAAUGUCUUCUACAUGCUCAUCUCUGCCGACGCCUUGGCCUGCCUGUUUUUGUCCAGGCUCGUUUACAAAGAAGCUAAGGGUUGGUGUGGACGUGCCCCCCGAGCCAGAGGGUUCAAAGAAAUCUGAGACACUCAUCCAAUCAAACCGGAAACCAAACACAGAAAACAGGGAAACAAUGCUCAAACUGACGUCAGCACACAGUGGAACAACUUUCCAUCUAGCCUUCAUAGAAACCAGUGGAGCCGCCAGUGGAAGAUUCAAGGCACUAAACUGACCAUUGAAGCCUUGUUGUUAUUGUAAAACAGAGAGAAAUAUGUCUUUUUGAAGACAACGCCUUUUUUUAUGACUAAUCUACUCAUUCUGAUUUGUUUGUUUUUAAUAUUCUUUUAUCAUUAAAUGUGUAUAUACUGUC